AAAUGUUACUUCUGACGGUGACAUCGCUCUAUUCACCGAUAAGCAUCAUGGCAUCUCCUGAGUUGGCCCUCGUGACUGUACUGUCACUCCUCUUUCUGGGUCAAGUCAGUUUCGCAGAAACAGUCAACGAGCAGAUCAAAGUGUGUCAAACCUUUGGCAGUGGUGUUGUUGAGCCAUUCAGAGGCAUUCCGUUUCAUUUGUCUACUACCUGCCCGACCACCCUCCUGCACUUCAUUCAUAAAGAUGUGGAGUACAAGAUCAUUAUCACUCACAGUUUAAAAACCGGUCUGAUCAAAAAAGUUGAGUUCAUUCUUAAUAAAUUGAUAACUGUUGUGACAGAUGGAAUGAUAACUGUGGAGGCUGAAAGUGUUUCUCUUCCUUAUGAUCACAUGUAUAAGCAUAUCCACCCAUAUGGCAUCUACACUAAGCUGAAAAGCAAGAUUCUGGAACUGUCUGUCAUCUGGCGUUUUGCUGGCAGUGAGAUUGAUUACCUCUGGGUGGAGCUGGGUGAAAGCAAUAUUGAGGAGAAAGAUGCGCUUUGUUGGCAAGGAGGCACAAGCGAAAAUGUAGACAUUAAUCCAUCAAGGUUUAUCUAUAAAACGGAGGAAUGCCAGACCCGAACCUCCAAUACACUUGGAAUGAGCUGCAAGUUUCUGACACACUUUUAUGGGUGUUCUUUCAUUGAAAAUGAUGACGUGUCUGACCCAUUUAAAAAAUAUAGUUCACUUUGCCAAGCAAAUAUUUACUACUAUGAAAAUACGAAGACCCUGGAGUGUGCAUUUUACAGUGCCAUAAAACGUUACUGUGAUAUGGAAACGUAUGAACCUGGAUGGAAAGCAUCAAAAUGCCCUAAGCCCACUUGUCCUGGUGACCUGAUAUAUAUGGAGCAGGGUAAUCCCUUCACGCCUACCUGCUCCCACCCCAACUUCAUAAACAGUGAAAACACAGUCGAAACUUGUGUGUGCCCAGCUGGUAAGGUCCUCAACAAUUUUGAGAAUAGUAGUCGGUGUAUACCAAAGGAGGAAUGUCCUUGUGUAUACGGUGGGAAGAUCUUUGCACAAGGUGAAAAUCGGAUGACAAAAUGUCAGUCGUGUACCUGCAAAAAUGGUGCAUGGACAUGCAUAAAGGAGAACUGCCAAAAAAGGUGUAUAAUUGAAGGAGGAUCUGUGACAACAUAUGAUGGUAAACAGUACAUGCUGCCAAAAGCAUGCACUUAUGUGGCAUCUCAGGGACUCAACUGGACUAUCAUCAUUGAAUUAUCCGAGGACUUAUUUUUGGGAAAAGUUAUUCUUCAAAUUGAACAGAAAACAUAUACUUUCUCCAAAGAUAGUGUAAAAUUUGAAAAUGAAGAAAUCCUUGAGCUUCAUUUGACUGAACAUGUGAUGGUAUUCUGGCAGUCUUCAAUGUAUGUUCAAGUGCAAACCUCCUUUGGCAUGAAGAUCCAAGUCCAAGUUAAACCAAAGGUUCAGUUGUAUGUAACACUACCUAAAAGUGAAUCUGGAAAAGUUAAAGGUCUGUGUGGGAACCACAAUGAUGACACCAGAGAUGACUUCAUAUGCAGGUCUGAAAUCAGAGAGAGUGUGGCAGAAUAUUUUGCUCUCUCCUGGGUAAUGGGCACGUGUAACAGCAAAACGCCUGGCAUCUGCAACAGCGAUGUUGAUAAAUAUGCCCAUCAGGACUGUUCUUACCUGAUGGAGCCCAGUGGGAUAUUUGCAAGUUGCCACAAUGAAGUUCCCAGUGAGGAUUAUGUCAAGGCUUGUGAGAAGAUAGUCUGCAACUGUGAAGGCCACAAGGACUGUCUGUGUGUUGCCCUUGGCAACUAUGCCAAAGCCUGUUUAAAUCAGGGCAUUGAUGUGGGGGACUGGAGAAAUACUACAUCAUGCGUGGAACCUUGUAACAGUGGCCAGAUGUUUUCUUAUGACGCACGGUCCUGCAACUCCACCUGCCAAUCUCUAGCGGGGCCUGAUCCCGCCUGUGAUGUACACGAUGCCCCUGUUGAAGGAUGUGGCUGCCCACAUGGUUCUCUCCUGAACAGUGAUGGCACAUGUACCACUCGGUCAGAAUGCCAGUGUUACUACCUGGGGAAAACUCUGAAACCAGGGAAUCAUUUUAUUGGAAAAACAAAAUGCAAUUGUAAAGAUGGAAAACUUGACUGCCCUGAACCACUUGGCUGCUCACAUGGAAAGACAUAUGUAAAUUGCUAUAAUUCAUCAAUUAACACAGUAAAUAGAAAAUGUGCCUCCUUGGGCAUGCCUGAGAUUAUGAGUACAAUCUGUGAGAGUGGCUGUUAUUGCCCAGACGGACAAUAUGAAGACCAUAAUGGGACUUGUGUGGCACCUGCAGACUGCCCUUGUCUGUUCAGCGGUGUGGCAUACAAAUCUGGGGAGACUGUUACAUCCGACUGUCAGGCAUGCACCUGUAAGGGGGGACUUUGGGCCUGUGUGGAAGAGGCGUGUUCUGGGAACUGUGAGGUGUUUGGGAAUGGGCAUUACAAGACGUUUGACUCAAAGUGGUACAACUUUGAUGGGAACUGCGAGUACACUCUGGUGGAGGAUGACUGUGGCAGUGGACACAGGACCUUCUCCAUCAGAGCAGAGAGUGUCCCCUGCUGUGAGGAGAGGUUGACAUGCUCCCGCCGAAUCACUUUGGAACUGCAGGGUAAAGACACUCUGAACUUACACGAUUUGGAAGUGGGGCAGAUUGGCAACGACACACAGCUUCUAUACUCAGUUCACACCGUUGGCCUGUACUUCGAAAUCUGGAUUCCCAGUCUGGACAUCACCCUCAUAUGGGACAAGCACACCAGACUUAUAAUCACCCUUGGGAAAAGGUGGAAGAACAAGGUUUGUGGCCUCUGUGGGAACUUCAACAACAAUGAGCAGGACGAUUUGCAGAUACGGGGGUCAAAGGAGAAGACAGAUGCCCUGACAUCUGGAAACAGCUGGAAGAUGCCUGUCCCACAAUGCUCGGAUGCAACUGAAGUGCAGUUUAACUGUGUCCACUUCUCCUACUGCGCUAAUUGGGCAGAGCGACGAUGCAAGAUCAUCUCUAGCGACAUCUUCACAGCCUGUCACCAAAAGGUGGAUUAUAUUCCAUACUAUAAAGCAUGUGUGGAGGAGUCCUGCUCCUGCAGUGCUGAUCAAGCAUCCCAUGGUUUCUGCACAGCUGUAGCAGCAUUUGCAGAAGCUUGCUGUGAGGCGGGUGUCACUGUGAACUGGCGGACUCCCGAACGGUGUCCGAUAUAUUGCGAUUACUACAAUGAACAGAAUCCACAAAGCUCAGAUGCCACAUGGCACUACAAAUCAUGUGGUCCACUUGACAUCAAGAUCUGUGGUAAAAACUACAUCUCCAGAAAACUGGAAGGCUGUUACCCAACAUGUCCAGAAGAUUUCCCUUACUUUGAUGAAAACACAAAGAAAUGUUCCAAAACCUGUCCUACAACAACAGUAUCUCCAACAACAACAACGGAAUCAACAACCACAGUAACAGAACCUCCAACAACUACAACAGAAUCAACAACAGUAUCUCCUACAACUGUGACUGAAUCAACAGCCACGCCAACAGUAACUCCAACAAUCGCAACUACAAUAACUACAAUUAGAUCAACAAUAACACCAACAAUUACUUCAACACCUUCAACGGAAUCAACAACCACAGUAACAGAACCUCCAACAACUACAACGGAAUCAACAACAGUAUCUCCAACAACUGUGACUGAAUCAACAGCCACACCAACAGUGACUCCAACAACUGCAACUACAAUAACUACAGUUGGAUCAACAAUAACACCAACAAUUACUUCAACAGAAUCAACAGAAUCAACAACCACAGUAACAGAACCUCCAACAACUACAACGGAAUCAACAACAGUAUCUCCAACAACUGUGACUGAAUCAACAGCUACACCAACAGUAACUCCAAUAACUGCAACUACAAUAACUACAGUUGGAUCAACAAUAACACCCACAAUUACUUCAACACCUUCAACAGAAUCAACAACCACAGUAACAGAACCUCCAACAACUACAACGGAAUCAACAACAGUAUCUCCAACAACUGUGACUGAAACAACAGCUACACCAACAGUAACUCCAACAACUGCAACUACAAUAACUACAAUUGGAUCAACAAUAACACCAACAAUUACUUCAACACCUUCAACGGAAUCAACAACCACAGUAACAGAACCUCCAACAACCACAACAGGAUCAACAACAGUAUCUCCAACAACUGUGACUGAAUCAACAGCCACACCAACAGUGACUCCAACAACUGCAACUACAAUAACUACAGUUGGAUCAACAAUAACACCAACAAUUACUUCAACAGAAUCAACAGAAUCAACAACCACAGUAACAGAACCUCCAACAACUACAACGGAAUCAACAACAGUAUCUCCAACAACUGUGACUGAAUCAACAGCCACACCAACAGUGACUCCAACAACUGCAACUACAAUAACUACAAUUGGAUCAACAAUAACACCAACAAGUACUUCAACACCUUCAACGGAAUCAACAACCACAGUAACAGAACCUCCAACAACCACAACGGAUCACACAACAGUAUCUCCAACAACUGUGACUGAAUCAACAGCACACCAACACCACACCAACAGUGACUCCAACAACUGCAACUACAAUAACUACAACUGGAUCAACAAUAACACCAACAAUUACUUCAACACCUUCAACGGAAUCAACAACCACAGUAACAGAACCUCCAACAACCACAACAGGAUCCACAACACCACACCCACAGAUAACAAGACUCCAACAACUACAACGGAAUCAACAACAGUAUCUCCAACAACUGUGACUGAAUCAACAACCACACCAACAGUAACUUCAACAAGUACAACGGAAUCAACAACAGUAUCUCCAACAACUGUGACUGAAUCAACAACCACACCAACAGUAACUCCAACAACCGCCACUACAGUAACUACAAUUGUAUCAACAAUAACACCAACAAUUACUUCAACGACAACUGAAUCAGCAACUACAACAGUAGUUUGCUUCUGCAGGGAUGAGAAGAAUCUCAGAAACUGGAGCUGUGGCCAAACUUGGACCGAGAAUUGCAUCCAAUAUGCUUGUAAUAAUCGGACAAUUUUCCAAGAUAAGGUCAGCUGUCCACCAGAGGUCAAGCCUGACUGCCCAAAUGGGAAGCUGACGAGUGUCCCAACUGAUGAUUGCUGUCAGACCUGGAAGUGUGUCUAUUGCUCCUGCUGGGAUGAGACGAAGCUCAGAAACCGGACCUGCGGCCAAACUUGGACCGAGAAUUGCAUCCAAUAUACUUGUAAUAAUGGGACAAUUUUCCAAAAUAACGUCAGCUGUUCGCCAGAGGUCACACCUGACUGCCCAAAUGGGAAGAUGAGGAGUGUCUCAAUUGAUGAUUGCUGUCAGACCUGGGAGUGUGACUGUCAAUGUCAGGUGUAUGGAGACCCUCACUACAUUACUUUUGAUGGAACACCCUACGACUUCCUAGAGGACUGUUCCUAUAUCCUGGUGGAAGAGAAAAAGCAAAAACAUAAUUUCUCUGUCAUUGUGGACAACUUCAAUUGCGUUGAAAAUGCCUCCUGUGUCAGGGCAGUCCGAGUGCAGUAUGGCAAAAAUAUUAUUACCCUCAGCAUCGUUUCUAACAGGCUAAUUGUGUCUAAAUUCAACAAUGUGAACGUCCCACAACCAUAUGAGAACCAGGGGAUCAGAAUUACAACAAGCAAUUGGAAGGUUUCUAUUUACAUCGAUGCAAUUCGUUCAUAUGUUUCCCUCACACCGAGGAGAGUACUGGUCGUCAAUCUGGCAAUGGCUUACUUUCAUGGAAAUACGCAGGGACAGUGUGGUGAAUGCGGUGGUGGCGCUUGUGUUCGCAGAAAUGGCAACGUCGAACCUGAUACUUGUUGUGACAAGACUGCUUAUAGUUGGUUAUACGAAGAAAAAGAAAAACCUCAUUGUAAAGUCAAAGACGUGUCCUGUAAUACCACUAUUACUCCUCCUCCACCGUGUGACAGCAAACGCGUGCCUUUAUGUGAACUUUUUAAUCAUAAAGCCUUUAAGGAAUGCAGUAAAAAGGUGGACCUGACUCUGCUGAAGAAGAACUGCCUGUUUGAUUCCUGUAUGGCAAAAAAUAACAGCAUUGCUUGCGAAGUACUGGAAAAAGCAGCAUCAGAUUGCCAGAAUGCUGGAUUUUGUGUGGAUUGGAGACCCCUGACUAAUGGAUCCUGUGAUGUCAAAUGUCCAGAAGGGAUGAUUUACAAAGAGUGCCCAUCAACACCAACCACUAUCUGUGAAGGAGGGCGUAUUAGCACAAAAAUCAUGGAUAAACCAACAGCUGGAUGCUUCUGUCCUGGCAACAAACACCGUGCUGGAGGAUACACACACACCUGCGUCUCAGACUGCACCGACUGUGUGGGACCUCAUGGAGAGCCUAAAGAGCCUGGUGAUGUGUGGGAGGCCAACUGCUACCUUUGCACAUGUGACAAGAUAACCCUGACACAGAGAUGUGAACCCAAAACCCGCUCAUCUCUUCCCACCUGCCAGGAUAACGAGACGCUGGUCAGAUUCAACUCGACUGGCUGCUGCAAUAUGGCUGUCUGCGUCGAGAAGACCUGUGAACACAGGGGACAUACAUAUAAGAUUGGAGAGCGUUGGAGUGACUCCGCCCAGCCCUGUGUCUUGUACAGCUGUGAGAUAAGCGGGAUUACAAUAGAGAAUAAACUUUGUGCUGAAGAACAGUGUCUUGAGGGAUCCAGAGUUUGUGAUAAACAGAAAGGCUGCUACACAUGCAAAAAUACCUGCAGUCCGAGAAUGUCCAGAGUGAACGUUACAAUAGAUGGCAAGUGCACAGAUGAGGUUGAGCUUCCUGUGUGUGAAGGCCAGUGCACAUCACAUUCUCGAUGGAAUGAUUCAGAAUUAAGAAUGGAGAAAGAAUGCCAGUGCUGCCAGGAGAAGACAUCCCAAAAGAAGAGUAUUACCUUGAAGUGCAAAGGGGGAUCCAAGAACACAUUCACGUACAAGCACAUCGUAGACUGCGAGUGCCAACUCUGUCACUAGCGAAAUGUGACAGUGUCUGUCACUAGUGACAAAAGAGAAAUAUCCAUCUCACUCUUGUACUCAUUUAAAUCAUUGCGAAAUCUUUGAUGAGUUGAUUUUAAUUUUACUGUUUUAAUUUUACUAUCUCAGACUGCGGAUGUAAUUCUAUUAGUAGUCAACCAUUUCAAAUCAAAUAUUUUAAAAUCAAAAUAAACUACUUCUCUGCAAUAA